CUCUCUUCUCGCCUUCUUCUUCUCCCCGACUCGUCUACUUUCACACACCAUGAAGUUCACCACCGCCGCCUUCACCGCCUCGGCCGUCGCCCUCGCGAGCCUCGUCACCGGCCAGUCGGCCACGAUCAACACCCCGGACCAGCUCUUCACCUGCGAGCCGGCUGCCCUCACCUGGACCGGCGGCACGGCCCCGUACUUCGUUCGCGUCUACGAGGGCGGCUCGACCACCGCUCUUAUCGAGACGCUCCAGUCGUCGGUCUCGACCAACUCGUACACCUGGACCGUCAAUGUCCCCGCCGGCCAGUCGGUCACCCUCGGCCUCACCGACAGCACCGGUGCUACCGUCUACUCGGCUGAGCGCGCUGUCACCGAGGGUUCGUCGACCUCGUGCAUCGGCCAGUCGGCUUCGGGCUCGGCGGGCGCCUCGACCGCUGCCUCGUCCGCCAUGAGCUCGGCUACCGGUGCCGCCUCGUCGGCUGCGGCGGCUGCUUCCUCGGCCACCUCGUCGGCUGGCGGCCGCGCCUCGUCGGCCACCUCGGCUGCUGGCUCCGCCGCCUCGUCGGUCGCUGCCGGUGCCUCGUCGGCCACCUCGGCCGCCGGCGCUGCCGCCACCGGCAACUCGGGCGCGUCGACCCUCGCCCUCUCGGGCUUCGCCGGUGUUGCCGCCCUCGGCGUCGCCAUGCUCGCCUAAGCGCUUGCACCUGCACCUUCCUUCUCCAACCCCCAGCACGAACAAGGACACUCUUUAUGCCCCGCACGAUCUUUGCGCCCGUCCUCCCCCUCCCUCCCUCCCUCACCGCUCGAUGCGGCGUCCCUUCUCUCGAGGCUCGCUCCACUUGGCAGUCUCUCCCACCCUCCCUCUCUAGCUUUUGAUGCCCCCUCCCUCCUCUACACGUCUGUAAAGCCUUUUUGCCCGGUCCUCUCGCUCUC